GGCGGGGGGAGGAGGCGAGGGGAGGCCGCGGAGCGUGCGCAGUGCGGCCCCCAGCCGCGGAGGCCGCAAGUGGGAAAAGGGAAAGAACAUCCACAAUCGGAACAUGUAGUCCAGCUGCCCAAACUAGAGCCCGGCCAACCGAGGGGUUAAGAGCAGCCCCGAGAAGAGCCAAGUUUUUAGUGGCACAGAAGUCAUGGCAGCCAUGGAUUUGAAUGCAGAAAGAGAGAAGAUCAGGAAAGAAAUCGAGGAACUGGAAAGGAGCUUGGACCCCAACACUGCAACCAUUGAAGUGGUUGUUUCUGAAUCGAGUCUCGAUUCUGAUUCUGGAGAUUCCCUGGAAGAUGAUGGCUUGGACACACACAUCUCUGCGGAGGAGAAACAGUCAGGAGAGGCCAGCAGUGAAGAUGAUGACGACGACGACAAGGAUAAAAAUCUCCCUGAAGACCCAGAGACUUGUCUGCAGAUGAACCUAGUGUAUCAGGAAGUCAUUCAAGAAAAGAUAGAGGAAGUUGAAGUUCUGCUCACUCAAAAUAAAGAGCAACAGGAGGAGGUCAUGUGGGCUCUAGCUGGUUCUAAGACUGCCAAGACCAAAGAGGGCAAGAGUUUGCCCUCGAACAUCUUCGUGGGCCAUUUCAUGAAGCCAUACUUCAAGGAUAAAGCUACUGGAAUCGGACCCCCAGCCAAUGAAGAAACCCGAGAAAAAGUAGCCCAGGGCAUAAAGUCUUUUGAGGAGCUGCUGGUGACCAAAUGGAAAACUCGAGAAAAAACCUUGCUUCGAAACUCAGUGAUGAGCGACCGCCUGCAACGUUUGCUUCAGCCCAAGUUACUGAAGCUCGAAUACUUGAACCGGAAACUUGAAAAAAUCAUGAACAAAAUGGACCGGCAGAUUGUGGAGAAACAGAUCGCUGAAACGGAGAAAGAGAUCGAGGACAUCAAUCAGCUUCCCUCUGAGAGACUGUUGGGGGACAGAAUGGAUGAGCACGACUGGGAGAAGAUUUCCAAUAUCAAUUUCGAAGGAACCCGCAAUGCUGUCGAGCUGAGGAAGUUCUGGCAGAACCACGAGCACCCCAGCAUCAACAAAGCCGAGUGGGGCGAGAAGGAAAUUGAGAAGCUCAAGGAGGUGGCGGCGAAACACAGUUACCUCAACUGGCAGAAGAUAGCCGAGGAGCUGGGGACAAACCGCAGCCCGUUCCAGUGCCUGCAGAAGUACCAGACCUACAACAAAGACUUCAAGAGGAAAGAGUGGACCAAAGAGGAGGACCAGAUGCUCACCCAGCUUGUUGGAGAAAUGAGAGUCGGGAGCCACAUACCCUAUAAGAAAAUUGCGUACUACAUGGAAGGAAGAGAUUCAAUGCAGCUAAUAUAUCGAUGGACCAAGAGCCUAGAUCCCAAUCUGAAGAAAGGAUUCUGGACCCCAGAGGAAGAUGCUAAGCUACUGAGAGCCGUCGCCAAGUACGGGGAGCGUGACUGGUUUAAAAUUCGGGAAGAGGUGCCAGGUAGGAGUGAUGUCCAGUGCCGAGAUCGAUAUCUAAAGAGAUUGCAUGUCAACUUAAAGAAAGGGAAGUGGAGUCCAAGUGAAGAAGAAAAGUUGAUUGAGUUGGUAGAAAAACAUGGCGUGGGUCACUGGACGAAAAUAGCUGCGGAGCUGCCUCAGCGUACGGGCUCCCAAUGUCUAAGCAAGUGGAAGAUAAUGAUAGGGGACAAGAAGAAGCAGAGGAACAGGAAACGACAGCGGAAAUCUCGGCGGGGGCCCAGGGGGGGCCAGCAUGUCCCCAGCAGCUCUGAGGAGUCUGAGAUCGAGUUCACGGACAACUCGGAGGAGGAGGAGGAGAAGAAGUCAGACCAAGAGAAGGAGCCGGCGGUGCCGAGCUACACCGUGCCCAAUAUAGACCUAUGGAUCCCCUCCGGGGAGCCCCGGGCCACGCCGAGAGGGGCCGUCACCAUUCAAACCCCGCGGCCCAGGGCCCGCACGAUGGGGUCGGGCAGCGGUGGGGCGACUCCGGGCCCAACCGGGGAUGCUGGCGAGGGGCAGCCCCGGGGCCAGGGUGCCUCCAUGGACGUCAGUGCCACCCCGAAGGGCUUUCCGUGUGCCCGUUCAACAGACAUCCCCCUGGAGAAUCCGGAGCCCCAAGGAAAUCCAGAGCCCCUAGAGAAUCCAGAGCCCUUGGAGAAAGAGGACCCAGGAAGCGGAAAGCAAGUGUUGAAACUCACGCCCGAUGAAGUGAAGAAGGUCCUGAGAAGUAAUACGUACAUUCUGCGUCGCAAGUUGCAGGAGAAGCUGAAGAAGCCCCGCCUCCCCACCAGCUCUGUGAUGCCUCAAGUUUCUGCCGGCAUGUCCGGAGAUCAGGUCCUGCAGGUGUGGGAAAACACAGUGGAGAAGAGGCUGCAGCGACUCAAGGUUGGCUUGCGGAGGAACAUCCGGAGGAGUAACCUGGACCGUAGGCUCCUGUUGGCGGUCACCCCCUGGGUGGGCAAUGUGACACUCCCUCGUUUCCAGAACUCCAGGAAAGGUCUGGUCCUGCAGACAAAAGUCAAAAAGAGGCCACUGCAGACAGUGCUGCUGACGAGCACCCCGAUGUUUACCCUGUUUAUCCAGCUGUUCCAGAUAGAUGCCGACGGCUGCAUGAAGGUGAUCCAAGAGAGGAAAGCAAACCAGGUGGAGGUGGUCCAAGUGGAACCUGGAAAUCCAGAACAGCUCCGGCAGGUGGGGAGAGACGGGCAGGCCACCCCAGACCUCAGGAACGGUAGCUACCUGCCCCGCGGGGGAGUUGGAACCAUCACGGAGGCAUCCUGCAGUUCCCAGGACACUUCAGGGUGCCAACCUCAGAAGGACCCGGCCAAGGGAAACUCGAGAAGACGCAGUGCCCCAAGGGUGGAAGACGGCCAGCUGGCGAGGGACGGCAAGGUUACCGCCCAGGCAGGGGCUCCGUCCGCUCCCCAGCCCCAGAGGCCGAAGCCCAAGACUGUUUCCCAGCUGCUGAGAGAGAAGCGUCUGAGGGAGUCCAAGGCCACCAUGCCGAACCCUGUGAUCCUGGCCCCCCAGGUGCUGGUCUCCCAACCCGUGCUCCUCCGGCACCCUCUGCAGCCGGUUAUCCCCUCCGGACCAGCCACCGCCACGCUGGCGCAAGCGGGCCCUCCCGUGAAACCACCUGCCCCCUCCCCGACCUCCACCCCCAUAUCCUCAGCAUCCCUUCGGGCCCUGGCCUCUGGGACUCUCGCCGUGGCCUCCGAGAACAGCUCUGGCCAGGUCAGUUCAGAGGCCUCACGGGCAGUUGGAGUCACAGAAGACCCAAAGGCGAAAGAAGAAGGGAAGAGCUCUGCCCCACUAACUGUGGUCAUUCCCCCUCCGGGGGAUGGGCGAGGCCGAGUCCAGGAUGGCGGAAGCCCGCAGCCCGGGGUGCCGCCAAACCCCAGUCCUGGGCCAGGGCAGCUCCUUGCCAUCUCGGCCCCCGGAGGCUUCACGCUUGCUCGGGGUGCCCCCAGUGGGGGGAAGCAGGGUCCGCCCGAGGCAUCGCCUCUCCUCCCACCGGCCCCGGUCCGCUUCCAGCAACCUAGACUCUUGCCUGCCUUGGCAGUCCGCCCCAGUGGUCCUCAAGGUGGCCCCAGCGAAAUCCUGCCCUUCACCUGGGUGGUCACGCCACAAGGGCUGGUCCCCAUGUCUGUGCAGGCGUUUGUGGGCCUGCACGGCCCGAGCAAGACUGUCGGGGAUCUGGGAGCUGCCAACUGCCAGGGGCCUGUGGGGACCACUCUUGUUCCACCUGGGGGGCCUACCCUGAGGCUGCUCCUCCCCCCGGCUACCACUCCCCUGGCUGUCACCAGUUCAGGUGCCCCUGGAACCAACACAGCGGUGGCCCCGGGGUCUUCUCUUUCCAGUCAUAGAGUAGCAGGAGAGCCGGCUCCCCCGACUGUGGAGUUGAGCCAUUCGGCCUCUCUCCCCUCUGCCGCUCCUCCUGACCGAGAGGUUUCUCGUUCACCCGAAGAGGUGAGCGCAGCAGAGAAGUCACAGCCCCCACAGCCAACACCGUCACCCCAGUCCCAAAACCCCAACGGCGGUCAGAGGGCCGAGCCCCUCGGCUCCCAUGGACUCCCUGCCUCGGCCACCAAAAGUCCAUCUUCCGGGGAGGGUGAGGCCCCCAGCAGUCAGAGCCACAUGCCAAAAGACCUGCCGGCCACGCAGGUGGGCAGAUGUCCGGACCGGACCGGUGCUUCCGGAAACUCGGCUCCAACUACCGCUCCCCUCCCCGCACGGGUCGGGAAGGAUCGACCUAUCGCGCCUCGCCCAGAGGCGACCCCUUCCCCGGGCGGGCACCCAGCCCCGGCCGACCCUCCCCCCAGAGGCCACCCUCCUCCAGGAGGCGACCGGCCUCCGGGGCCCGUGGCUCCCGAUAAGAACAAGCUGGACCUGACCCUCAUCUCGCUGGAGGAGGAGGCGGUGGUCAGGGAGUGGAUGAAGGGGAAGCGGGGAGUCCACGUGCCGCCGCUGAAAAACAACCUGCCUUACCUGCCGCCUUCCGUGUACAACUUGAAGACCCUGUCGGGACUCCUGCGGGAGAAGAAGAACCUGGAACGGAGCGCAGCGAGCCUCGUGGCCGGCGACGGAGGCCCCGCGGGAAGCGAGUUGUCUCCCGAAGGUCUGGAGGCCAUUCGGGCUCUGGUACGGGAGCGGUUAAAAGACAACCCGGCCUAUCUCCUCCUGAAAGCCAGGUUUUUAGCAGCGUUCACCCUUCCGGCUUUUCUGGCCACCCUUCCGCCCCCGGGGGUUCCCACCACCCUCUCUAGGAGACCAGAAGAGAGUGAGGAAGAGGACGAGGACGACGGCGAAGAAGAGGAGAAGGACCUGACGGAUGAGGAGAGUGGCGAAGAGGAUCACCCGCCCGGGGAAGCCCAGCCCGGCCCGGAAGCUGCAACCUCUGGCCAGAUAACUGAAGCCGAAGGCCAAGGACCGCAGCCCACCCCCGGCCGCUCUGAUGAAAUGGAUGACUUGGAGGGGGUGCAGACGAGGAAGCGUGUCCGUUCCAGGAAGCGAAGAAAACUGAAGUGAAAGGAAGGCUUGGGGAAUCCUCUCAUCGAAGCCUGCUUGUGGAACGGAGGAGGGCAGCCCCUCGACUCCAAAGGCUGCUGACCCCACAGAAAAUAAGCCGAGAACCGAACAAGCCUUUGGAGCACCCACCUGGUCACGAUUUAACGAAUCACCCUGAUGGAGUUUGAUUCUCACGCCAGCCCUCCCUCUCCAGUCACUGGAAACUGGAAACUCAGCUCUUCUCUGUAAGGUUAAUGCUGCUGCCCUCUCGCUGGAACCCGACGUUAAGCACCGUGGCGGUGAAGCCAAAGGGGGCCGGGGUGGGGAGAGAAGUUUAAUACUAUUUAUUUUUGUUGUCUGGAAUUUAUUUAUAUUUUUACAUUCUGACAAUUCUUUGAUCAGAACCCAGAGCUGGGGUUCUGGGUCAGCUUGGUUACAGCAGUGUGGAGUAUAUUUCAUACGUCGACUUGAAAACGGGAACACUGUGUAACUAUGAGGCUAUUUUGUACCAUUACGAGGAGUCUGAAUAUUUGUUAAAGAUAGGUGUUUUAUUUUUCUCAUUAAAAGCAAAACCCAGGCUCCAGGAACUCUGGC